UGCAACUGGAAGACUGGAAUCGCCACUGAAACACCAGAUCCGCCCGCCGCUGCCACCCACCUUCACGGCGGCCCGACCAACUCCGCCGCCUAAGAUCGGCUCUCCGGUCAGGCUUUCUUUGCUCUGGACAUAAUUGUUUUUUGAAACAUUAUUUAACCAUAAAAAGUAUACUUGGAAUAUCACGAAUAGCUCCCUCAACCAUUUAUUCAAAUUUUAUUUUCAUUCAUAACCCAAUUGAUGAUUGGCUAUUGAAAUUCUCACUUUUGACUGCGGUAUGCCUAUUACGGUGCUGGUAUUUCUUGGCAACUACGUUCUAUUCUGGUACAUAGUUGCCGUAGAAUUCAGGAUCGCCGGGGAUCGGAGAAUGGCCAUCGAGAAUCAGUCGGAAGAACUGGAACUUAGAGAGCUUGUAGAGCUAACGGAUAUAAGAUGUGAUAUAGAAAAUAAACAUAUUUGCAUUCAUUGAUGUAAUGUGUGUAUACACAAUGCAUUUCAUUUUCACGCUCACUAAGCCAGCUAAGUUCGUAACUGACGGAUGCGUUAGCUUCUUGUUGUUGGCCAUCUUCCUUUCUUUACACGCAUCAUAUUCUUAUUAUAUUUGAUGUUUGUUCAGGCUUUACUGAGGAUCUUGAGCUGAAGUUGCUCGAUGAAAUGCCUCAGUGACUGAUAGCAGCUACAUUCGAUCUCAUAUUCCUGUGAAGAAUCAAACAUGACAUGGAUAGCCUUAAUCUUAGCAGUGCUAGUGCUCUGGUUUGCUUCUCUCUGCAAAGUUUUUCUGGAAUCUAUGUCCGCUUCAAAAUCAGCAUUCUUAAAUGAUGUGACAGGUGCUAGUUCUAGAAGGAGAAAUGUCUUGGUGGUUAUUGCUCAUCCUGAUGAUGAGUCUAUGUUCUUUGCUCCUGUGAUUAAUUACCUGACUUCCAGGCAUCAUAAUGUACACAUACUUUGCAUGUCAACUGGCAAUGCAGAUGGCAUGGGAAGUGUUAGAAAAGAAGAGUUACAGCUGGCCUCCGUGGUUCUCAAGAUUCCAGCACAGCAAGUGACCGUACUAGAUCACCCAGAUUUGCAGGAUGGUUUUGGCAAUGUGUGGAACUGGGAUUUGUUGGCUAGCAUCAUUAAUGAGGAAACUCGUACCCAUUCUAUUGACUUGAUCAUUACAUUUGACAAUUACGGUAUCUCGGGUCAUUGCAACCACUGUGACGUUCAUCAAGGAGUAAGAAAGCUAAUGGAUGAUGCCUUGGGGGGAAGACAUCUCGAGGCCUGGGAGAUUAUAAGCCCUAACAUAGUGCGCAAGUACAUCGGACCAGUAGACAUUUGGUUAUCCAUCAUGCUUAGCCGACUUGAUAAAGAUGGACUAUCACAUUGCUUGCUUAACUUAGAUCUCCGUAAAAGUUAUGCAGCUAUGGCUCAACACUCCAGCCAAUGGGUUUGGUUCCGCAAACUUUUUGUAACAUUUUCAAGUUGUACUUAUGUUAGCACCCUUAAGAAGAUGUCGUAAGUCUGCAGCCGAAGGUACAUUGGUCUAGAUGGAGGUCACGGAGCUAUGAUUUAUGGUCUUACUACAUCACCCAUGGUGAUUGGUGAGUGGAAUGAACUGAUACAUGAUAAUAGAGAUUAGCGCUGUUUUCAUUUCUAUUCCACAACAUUAGUUUUGAAUAACGAGUUUUUAGUGUGUUUGGAGUUUGGACUUAUGAUGAAAUGGCUAUGACGAUUUGUGGCUUGGUGCCAACAUAUAUUUAUCUUUUUGGAUGACUUAAUUUUUUAAAAACA